CCGCGAGUAAUGCGCAUGCGCAUACGUGUAUCUACUUUUCAUUGAGUGAUCAAUGUUUUAUUAUGACAAUGAACAAUUGUGUGAGUGGAAUUUGAUUUGAUUGAGUGUUGCAUAACAUGAAAAUAACUUGUUAUUUUAAAUUGUUUACUUGAGGUUUUCCGUUUGAAACAGUUUGUAUAAAAGUUUCUGUUGCCGUCUAGAGUUCGGCGCGAAAGGACGUGUGUCGCGCUAUUCACGAACUUAUCGUAAUAGUCAAUUAUUGUAUAAUAACAGAACAUAUUAUCGAGUUUUGCGAUAUUUUCAUGUAGUUACAAGAAAUGUGAACACUGGGAACCCUGUUUGUAUAAAAUAUAAUAGAAUAUGAACUGUUGAACGGAAAAUUAUUGUGUGAAUUUAGUGAUGAUAAGUGAAAAGUGAAUAAAAUGCAACGAAGAAUCAAAAUGAAUGUAAACCCUGACCUAGGGGACUUGGAGGAGAUGUUGGCUCAUGUUCAGACGCAGAUUGAACAGGAAAUCGAUUUGGAAUUGGAGAGUAAAAUGCCCUCCCUAACGAAUGUACAGGAGUCACCGAAGAUGCAGCGAACCCAGUCGUUCAAUAAGGAUAGUUUUGAGUACCGGAGACCACAACUAUCCAGAGGAAACAGUGAGCUGGGCUAUAGACCUGAUAGGAUUGGUAUCCAAAAUGGGCAUGCUAACUCUCCAAGCCUAAAGUCAUUCGAAGAAUUAGGAUCUCAAGUUUCCUUGCAGUCAUUUCGUUCGGAGCCAGUUCAGAGACAUUCUGUCCUGAGUCUACCUGAUAAAAGAGAUGCAGCGUCUAUGAAUGGUAGAUCCAAAACUGCUACAUUGCCUCGUGGAUAUGGAUCUAGUAAGGAGAAGAAUUGGGAGGAGUAUUGGGCACAUGAGCAGUCAAUAAGCAGUGCUAGGGCUUCGGUCAUGGUGUACGAUGACGCGCUGAAGCGCUGGGUGCCUUCGGGUACCAGUUCUGGGUUGUCCAAGGUCCACAUCUACCAUCACACACAGCAUAACACUUUUAGGGUGGUUGGCAGGAAACUCAACGAUCAUGAGGUGGUAAUAAACUGCGGGAUCGUACGAGGGUUGAAGUAUAACCAGGCUACGGCGACUUUUCACCAAUGGCGAGAUGCAAGGCAUGUUUACGGCCUGAACUUCUCCUGCAGAGAAGAUGCUGACAGUUUUGCGAGAGCUAUGAUGCACACACUUGAGGUUCUUGCCAACAAAGCAACAAACAACACAGUGCCAGUGCCUCCACAGGCUCCCAACCCGCCUGUACCAUAUAAUGGUCACAACAACGGACAUAACACCCAUUAUGACGAGGACAUGGGAUACAGGACAAUGACCCGAGAAGACGCUGCCAUGCUCCAGCAGCCACAGUACCACGCCCCUCAUCAUCAACACCAGCAACCAAUCCCGCAACAACAUCACCAGCCAGGCACGCCGCAUCAUGCGCCCCCGAGCCAGUACCAUGCGCCGGUGCAUCAUCACACUAGCGUGCCCGUGGCCCCGGCGGCCCCCGCGGCCCCCGCACCCCCCCCGCACGGUGUACACACACUUCCUCAUGCAGCUCACGUGCCACCGCCGCACGGACAUCAUCGCACUAACAGUGCCCCGAUGCCCCCAAAUAUGUCUCUAUCAGCUGCAGCCGUGGGGACAAAUACUGUGAGUGCCCCACCGCCAGUGCCCCCUCAUCAGAACUUGCCAGCUCCAGCUAAUGGCCCUAUUGCACCCCCAACACCCCCGGCUGCUCCGCAACCACCCCCCAUGAUGCAGCCACAACCGGCCCCCGUCAUCCAGCCAGCGGCCCCCGCGCCCCCGCCACCUCCUCCCCCGCCGGGGGCAGUCGUGUCACCACCGCCGCCGCCUCCGCCCCCGCAGCCUGCCGAUCCCACGGGGCUCGCUGCCCAACUGCAACAAGCGAGGCUGAAGAGACAGGCUAAGCAAGCGUCGAACACAGAAGCGGCAUCGCCCCCUGGAGGAAACUCUGGCAGUGGGGGUAGUUCGGGCAGUGGCAGUGGAGCAGAACGUGCCAGUCUACACUGCAUGAUGCAUGAGAUGCAGAGGACACUGGCAAGGAGACGAGCCAACUUGGACCGAGCACCGGAGUCCUCAUCAGAAAACUCCAACAACGGCACUCCGAUGAAGACCUGGGAACGCUCUGCCACUCUACCGCACCGACUUCCAGCCAAUUGUAAUGGCAAUACUCCCCCGAGCGUUGAAUCACCACAACAGCAGCCGCCUCAGUCUCCCCGAUCAGUUCGCAAGAGGUUUGGGUCUGCGAGUGAAGAAACAAUACUCAAGCAGGUAAACGGAAAUGGCAGUGACGGAGGCUGCAUUACCGCUGGUGAAUGGGAGGCUUUCAAACUAGAGCUGAUGAAGGAAGUGAAGAGCCAAUUUGCGAUUAUGAAGAGAGAGAUCAUUGAUGCUAUGAAAACGGAAUUCUCCCGUAGAUAAAAACGGGGCUUACAAAUGGAAACCGAACUACGCGUUGCAAAGCAGCUAGACAGGCGAUUGAAUUUUAUUUAUUAUAGAGAUCGUUGAUUAUAAAAUUUAUGUUUAGUUAUACAUUAUUUAAUUUAUAUAAUUCAAGACAGAGUACGAAUGUUUAAAAUUUAGAUUUUUCGAUGCAACUCUUACAGUUAUAGUGUCGUGUAUAAUCUUUUAUAUUGAAACUUCGGACAAAAACCAAAUUAAUAAAUGUGUUUUUUAAAUAAAAAUACAAUAACUGGUACCUUUUUUCACCCGCGAAAUGCGUAAUAAAUGAAAGCUGUGGUGAGGUUUUGACAGUUUGAAUAUACUCUGUGGUUGAAUAUCAGUAUGUCACUGUUAGUAGUUGAUUCAUUUAUAUUUAUUAAUAUUUCAUUAAAUUUAUCUCGUAUUUAUUACUGAAAUUUGGCAUUAUAAAUCUUCUUUUUUGUUUUUUACAGUUUUUUUUAAGGAAUGCCGAGUAAAAUGCUCACUAAGCUACUACAUAUUGUCGUGUAGGCAUAUAUUAAAACGCUGUAUGUUCGGUAAUUGUGUUUUAAACGGGUGUUGCCUGCUUUAGUCACUCAUGAGCUGGCAACAUAAAUGUAUUGCCAUGUGAAAAAACGCAAAUUAUUGUGCAUGAAUGUUUAGCGCACGAAACUAUGCAUAUGAUUGUGUUUUUUUUAAAUUUUAUACUUAAAAUAUUUAUUCUAUAAUUAUUGACAUGUAGGUAUAGUGGUAAAUAUCGAGAAUUGCGUGUAUUUCUGCAAACCAACAAUAAUUAGAACUCGUUAUUAAAGUUGCCAACAUUACAAAAUAGUUCUGGUUAAAACUAGAAAUAUUAUGAAACUGUUAGAUUGUGUUAUACAAUAAUUAUUGUAGACUUUUAUAGUUUGACUUUAGGUUUACAAUCACGCGCAUAAAAAAAAUACCUAUCUAACAUUUUAGGAAAAACUAUGACAUCUCGCAAUUUAGUACUAAAUUACUAUAAUAUACAAUAAUUACUAUAAGCGGGCAUUGACGCUAUUUUGCGUUGCAAAAAAUGGCCUUUUUUUUUGUACGAAAAUAUAAAUUUUCGAUUAAUUCACAAUUAUUUGCAAUUAUUUGAAUUUUUUGAUGACUGUACACUUAUCUUUGAUUAAUUUACAAAAUUUGCGGUGUAGUCUAAGGACAGUUUUUUGUUUGAUUUCAAUAUGUAUAGUAUUGAGAAGACAGAAAAGAGCAGUAUUGUCGAUGUACUGUUCUCGCUCGCACUCACGAGCUAUAUGGGAAGUUACAGAUACCAGAGUUCAACCUGCUACUCUCUACAACUGUUAACCAUUUAAUAUCGAGGGAAAGGAGAACUGGUGGCUUGAAUAACAUUUUAAGGUUAGCAGUUUUAUUGCGUAAUAGGUUUUUUAAGUAAAAUCGCUAGAAGUUUCGUUUAAAAUAUUUAUUUUUUUGGAGUAAGUACACAUAUACACAAUAUAUACAUAAUAUAGCUAGUAGAAUAAAUGUAUAAUUAGGUAAUCAAUGUAAUACUUGAUUAUAAAAUGGUUUUUAAAACGUACAAUUGAGAAAGUUUCCCUGGGUAGAGAUAACGUCACUCUAUUUUUACUAUGGUUCGUGCAAAUAUUUGCUUUAUCCAUUCGCCAUCUACUAGCUCUGUUACUCUUGGUAUUCUUUACUCUAAACUCUUUUAGGAACAAGUCGAGAAAAGUCGAAAAAAACCGGUUAAAGUACAUUGACAACUUUACAUUCGGUUUUUUUCUACGUUUAUCUGAAAAUUUACGGUUUUAAUAACUGUCAAUUAUUAUUUUAUUAAUUAAUUAGUGAUAUAUAUUUAUUUAUAUUUUGCUUAACAACAGCGCAUGAAACAAGCGUACAUUUAUAUGAAUUAGAAACAAACAGCGACAGUAAGACAUUAUUGCAAUAUAAAUUAAUUGGUUUUGUAAAGUUAUUAUUACUUUAUCUUGAUAUUGUUUAACUUCAAUCAUGUAUAUCCGCCUCGAAGGUAAUUAUUAUAAUUCUUUAUCAGGUUUUUUUUUCUCGAAAUGAUUAAAGUAUGGUUACUUGCAAUAACCCUUGAAAAAUAUUUCACAUUGCCCUACAUACAUCACGUUCGAUUAAAUAUGAUUUAGUUGAAGCUAUAUGCACACACAAGGUUUGUUUGUUUUUUUUUUUUUUUUUUGCUUGUUUGUUUGUUUUUUUUUGUGACGUUGUGGCACCUGUCUGGGAGGUUAAACUUAAAAAUAACACCAACGGCGAAAUUUUUGAAAUGCUCACUUGAUUGGUGGGUGAUAUCAAUAAAUGCAAAGGCUUCAGUAGCACAGUAUCCAGGUUUUUUUUUGAUAUUUAAAAGUACAAAUUUCAAUAAUUAAAAUCACGUAUUACAUUGAUUGAAGACUGACAAAUCAUUCCAUUUGAAGGUCAAACUGGCCUUCGAACGGCUCGUACAAAUUUUGAACACCAUUUAAUUUUCACACAUUUUUGUAUCUGACACUUUACCUCUAUUGGGGCUAGUUUUAAUUUGUAUUGGUGCUUUUAAGCACUUUUGUAUCGGCUUAGUUUUGUAUUGCUGAAAUGCAAAAUAUUUAGUUUGCACUAAUACAAAUAUUAUUAAGGUUUACAAUAAAGUGCAAAGAUUCAUUGUAUUGAGUAAUGUUGACUGAAUAUGCAUUUAUUAUGUUUCUAACUGGAUUAAUAACACACACACAUAUAUAUACAUCUUUUACCACUGCUGUUGUUUCUUAUCUGUCUCUUAAUCUAAUCAUUUCCAGAUUCAUAGGGUUCUUUGAAAUCUUAAAAUAUUUAUAAUUCUCUCUCUAAUAUAAUUAAAAAAUUAAAUAUAAUUAAUAAAUCUCUCAUUCAAUAGAUUCAACAAUUAUAAUUUUAAAAAAAUUUAAUUUAAAAAAUACUUAUGCUAGUUGUCCAAAAUGAAAUUUAAAUUCAAAUAUUUUUAUUCAAAAUAGGAUAUGAUAUUAUCACUAAUUGAUUUGUCAAAAAAUAACAGCCAUUCGAUGCGUAUAUAUAUUUUGUGUUAUUAAGCCAAGGUAGUACAUUUCAGUUUCAUGUGUUUACUCAAAAAAAAUGGCUAAUUUACAUAAAAUCUUUGUAGAUCCCAAAAUCUUUUGUAUGUAAAUUGGUCAAACUGUGUAUUAAACGUCGAGAUAGACGGUGAUUAAUUAUUAGUGAUAUUUAUAUAGAUGUAGUUAAAUGUAUCGUUAUUGAAUAAGUGUUUUAAAUAAUAGAAACUAACCAAAUUCUUAGAUCGUUUCACUAACUAGUAAAGCUAUCGUCGAAACUUGUGGGAAACGUGGUUACCACGUCUAGAUAAUGUGUAGAGAACUGUUCAUUAUGAAAUUAUAGGACAUACUAACACACUAUACUUAUGGAAAUAUCGAUCCACGAGCUUUGAAGAUAGCUAUAGUAUAACAAUUAUUUUGCAUUGGUCUCAGUUAUGUCAAAGAUUGUAUUUAUUCAGUAUAAAAGUAUAUGUUAUGUUGUCUAAAAUUGUAUGUCAUUUAUACGCCUAAUUAUUACUUAGUGGCUGUCUUAUGGUCUAGACCUGUGUUUUGACACCUAUUUAGAUCCAAUUAUAUGAUAUUUGUAUCGCAUUUAUAAAUUUGUAUUGUAGCAAUUAUAUUUGUAUUGAUGCAAUUUGUUAGGAUGGAGAGCUAUUUAUAGUUUUGUGGAUUAGAUGUUUGUUAUAUUUAAACUGGGAUUAUGUUUUGUCCUAUGAUGUACUAAAAUUAGUAUUUAAUAUAUGUCUCUUUAAUCUAAAUAACCAACUAAUACUAUACAAUUUAGUAUGGCCAUCGCGAAUGCAGUAGUUAUAUCUCAACAUAGGUUGCAAGACUGCGAAAAUUAUAUACACUUCAUAUUAUGUUACACCUAUUGCAUCAUAGCGAAUAAUAAACGAACCAUAUUAUAAUUUUCUUAAUAAUUUAACUCCAAUACUGUUAUAUCAUACUAUUAAAAAAGGUUAUUACGUUAUCAUUUAGGUAACUUAAAAACACAAUUCAUUUUACAUCGGCAGUAUUAAAAAAUCAUCCAGGUAGGCACGACUUAAAGGAUUUUGAGAAAGAAAAAAAUUCUGUAGACGAACCGGAUGUUCGAGAUUUGGCGUAUUACGGCGUUGUCGAUAUAACUGAAUAUAAACGUAUUACAGAGAGAGAUUGUUACGCAGUAGGAAUUACAGUAUUUAAUGUUUUUAUCGUGUGUCUUUGAUUUGCACAUAAUCAUUAAUUAUAUCUAUGGUAAAUUAUCUAUCAAUUUAGUUUUUGCGAAAUAUUAAAUUAUGCAACGCUAAAUGUUCCACUAGGUUACCAAGAUUUUUUAUUUAAUAGUCAUUCGCUGUACAUAGUAUCUUAAAUUAUAUAUUUUUUUGUGAAUCAUUUAUUUCAUCACCUUCGCUUUUACGUAAAACGAGUAUUAUUAUCGACUUUUAUUAUAAUCGUUGAUAUUAAUGUAAUGAUUAAUCGAAACGGAUAAACGUAAGCGCCCAACACUGCCAAGAAGUUACUUAAUGUUUAAUGUCGAUUUAAAACGUUUUAAAUUCACUCAAUAUGUACUGAUUUCUACAAAGUGGCGUUGGAAAGGUAGCUUGUUGUAUGUGUACAUAUGCUGGAGUCAAUAAAUGAUUAAGUAAAA